ACAAUUAUUUAAAUGAUAUUUAUCUAUUUGUGUAAAGUUUGUUGAAUUUAUAUCAAAAAGAAAAAAAAAUGUUUUUUCGAGUUUGUGUGUUGUCUCUGCUUGUAUUUGUAGUUGUCAGUGCAGAGAAAAAACAGAGACAAGCCUUAUGUUUAUCGAACGACUUCAAGUGCACUAAUGGAAUGUGUAUCGACGCAACUUGGAAAUGUGACGCUGAGGAAGAUUGUUCAGAUGGUGCUGAUGAAGCAGGCUGUCCCACUGAUUGUUCCGGCCCUAACAUGUUCAAAUGUGCCAACACUAAAUGUAUUCCAGCCCAGUACAAGUGCGAUAACGACGAUGAUUGCGGAGAUAAAACUGAUGAAGCUAACUGUCCUGCAGGCUAAACAAUAGCUGUCCAUGUCUAGUAGAAUAACAAGAACAAUAACUCUUGAUGCCUGGCCACAAGUCACAACCAGCGUGAUUAUCUAACUUUAUCAGUUUUUAAUUCAUGUGUGUACAUUGAAAUAGAAGCCUUUUUAUUUAUAACUGCACGAAAAAACACAA